AGGUUUGACUCUGGCCAGACAACCAGCGAGCAUCUUCUCAGAAUCUCUUGCUUCUUCCAUGGCAAACCCCAGAGAAUAAGAAGCCAAACUCAAGAUUGCCAUGGGCCUCAGGACGACUAAACAGAUGGGGAGAGGCACUAAAGCUCCUGGUCACCAAGAGGAUCAUAUGGCAAAGGAACCAGUGGAAGACACAGACCCUAGCACUUUAUCCUUUAACAUGUCAGACAAAUAUCCCAUUCAAGAUACGGAACUCCCUAAAGCUGAAGAAAGUGAUACAAUUACUUUGAACUGCCCACGAAAUUCAGAUAUGAAAAAUCAGGGAGAAGAAAAUGGCUUUCCAGAUAGCACUGGAGAUCCCCUUCCAGAGAUCCGCAAGGACAACUCCUGCAAAGAAAACUGUACUUGUUCCUCCUGCUUGCUCCGGGCCCCCACCAUAAGUGACUUGCUCAACGAUCAGGACUUACUAGAUGUGAUCAGGAUAAAGCUGGAUCCGUGUCACCCAACGGUGAAAAACUGGAGGAAUUUUGCAAGCAAAUGGGGGAUGUCCUAUGAUGAAUUGUGCUUCCUGGAGCAGAGGCCACAGAGCCCCACCUUGGAGUUCUUGCUCCGAAACAGUCAGAGGACGGUGGGCCAGCUGAUGGAGCUCUGCAGGCUCUACCACAGGGCCGACGUGGAGAAGGUUCUGCGCAGGUGGGUGGACGAGGAGUGGCCCAAGCGGGAGGGUGGAGACCCCUCCAGGCACUUCUAGAGCUCUUCUUCUUCCUUCAUUGGCCUCUCCGGACGUUGAAACAACCACAGGUCAAGAAGGAAUGUGAAUCUGUUGUUUUAUAAGAGUUUAGGACAAGGACGUGGAACGGUGGACACUGGUUUUCCCCAAAGCUGGCAGUUUUAUGGAGGGGUAGCUUGUUUCGGUGGUGGAUCUCUGUUUAUUUUUGCACAUCUGUUUUAAUUUAAUAUUCAAAUCUGGAAUUAAGAAAACAUAUUUUCUAGUAUCCUCUAAGGGCCAAAGUCCUACAAUCGGAAUGGAUUCAUGCCAUGUUAAAGAUAAAAUUAUCCUCUCCCUGAAAUACAGGAAAGAUUUAAAUAGGUCCUGAGACCGUUGAUAGCCCCAGACAUACCCACAGCAUUAUAUGUAACAUCUCUCCUGAUCAGUGCCAUUCCCACGGUUUCAAAGAAAAUAGCAACAAGUAACAUUGACCUCAGUGUCUGCAGCACCCUCCACUUCUCUCCUAGGCGAUGAGACCCAGUGGCUAGAAAUUCACCAUGUCUAUUCUCAAGAUCCAUGCCAGGGAGAUCUUUGACUCUCGUGGGAAUCCCUCUGUUGAGGUUGAUCUCUUCACCUCAGAAGGUCUCUUCAGAGCUGGUGUGCCCAGUGAUGCUUCAACUGGUAUCUGUGAGGUCCUAGAGCUCCAGGACUAUGAUGAGACUCACUAUAUGGGGAAGGGUGUCUCAAAGGCUGUUGAGGCCAUCAAUAAAACUAUUGCACCUGCCCUGGUUAGCAAGAAACUGAGCAUCACAGAA